CGCUGGGAGGGGGCGGGAGCUCAUUGCCAUGGCGAUGCGGUGUGUUGUGCUUUGGUAGCCAUCGUCGCCGCUUGUGCUCCUUGCCGGCGCCAUGAGCGGGCUGACGGUGCAGCAGCGGGAGCUGCAGGAGGCGGCCGCUCUGGAGCGGCGGCGGCAGCGGGAGCUGCAGCGUCAGGGCCGCAUCUUUAACGUGCGAGUUCGGACCAUCGGGGUUGAUAAAGAUGCAUUGGAUGCCCAGGUCAAGGAUAGAAAAUUUCAAGAAGCAACUGAAAAAGCACGAAAUGAAGAAUUUGCUAAUGAAAUGAAGAAGCACGACAAGAUGCUGUGUAUGUUAGAAGAACGACAGAAAUGCAAUAUCAGAAACAUUAACAAGGCUGUCAGUAACUUUCAGAAGAAUUUUCAGAAGCCAGAAACAAGACGUGAAUUUGAUCUAUAUGAUCCCCAGGCUUUAAAGAAGGACAAACCUGCUCGACUUUCAGAUAAUGAUCCUCGAUGCACUGUAUCUGGUUUGCAGAAGUUUAUGGGUGAAGACUUAAACUAUGCUCAGAGGACGAAAUUUCAAAAAGAGCAGUUAAGAGAGUGGUCUCUUCAGCAGCAGAGAGAACGCAAGAAUGCAUUAGCUGAUCAAAAAUAUUUAGAUGAUCUUCAUGACAAGAAUAGGAUUCAACUUGACCAAAAGAUUAUGGAGCAACAACGAAUGGAAGAGAGAACUAGACGUGCUGUUUGUGAAGCUACCAAAGACUUUAACAAAAGCCAGGCUGCUGAUCUAGCUGAUAGAAAGAGGCGGGAUAAGCGUCAAACAAUGAAAGAUAAUAUGGAUGAAAUUUCCAACCUGCUUCAAGGAGACUUACUUUCUGAAAACCCUGAUCAAGCCAUCAGUUCCUUUGGUCCGCAUCGUGUGGUCACAGAUCGGUGGAAGGGAAUGAGUCAUGAUCAGUUGAUGAAAAUCCGCUCCGAUCAACAGCAACAAGUUCUGGAGAAGCUGAGACAAAAAGAGGAGGAACGCCACAGAGAUGCUGAAUGGGAUAGGCAAAAUAUGCAGGCUGCAAGAGCACUGUUGAUUUUAGAACGGCAUCAAGAACGACAGAAUCGGGAACGCCGCCAAGCUCUAGACAGCAUAAAUGCACAACUAUCCCAUGAGCAGAAAUCAAGGAACAUUUAUCUUAAAGAAGAAGAAUAUUCAAAUUGUCCAACAAGUCAGUACUUUGCUCAGUUCAAUACAACCAGUCGAUGACAUUGUUGAUGCAUUAGCCCGAAGUACACAGAGAAUUAAAGCAUAUUAAAAUUUUUAAUUGACCGAUCCCAA